UUUGUUUAAUUAACAAAACGGUUAUUAUUUCUCUGUAUUAAGGAAUAAAUCAAUGAAACUUGCAUUGGUAGCUAUAAUAAUGUAAUAUGAAGUCUUUAGUCUUCAACGGUCGGUAAAAUUUCGUUGCAGUUAACCCAUGUAUGCCUAGCGUCUAGAAAAAAGGCCUUGGCAAACAGCGUAGACCCAGAUGAGACGCCGCAUGAUGCAGCGUCUCAUCAGGGUAUGCGCUGUUUGCAUAAAGGAAUUUCUGUAAGAAAUAUUCUAAAUAAAGAAAUAUAUAUACUAGACAUCCCUUAUUUUGGAAAUGAAUUGAUCCAAUUUAGAAGGAUGGGAGAAGCCAUUAGGAGUAAAUGGGUGAAGGAAUUGACUUCAAAUAAAUAUCAUGCCUAUUGCUGAUUGAGGUUUGGGCUUACCAUUGCAUACUGUAGCUAAGCCUUUAACUUCGGGCUUUUUCAAUUGCAGAUGUAGCUUUUACCAAAAUUGUUCAGAAUUGCCAAUUGAAGCUGAACAUUUAACCAGCAGGCUCUUUCAUUACAAUCGUUGAUAAAUAUUUAUAUUUCAAAGUAUUGAAAUCCAAUUUUGCUAAUGGCAUAUUGAGUUUAAUCAGGAACAUCCACCAUUGCCAGUUGCGGUGCAGAUUUACACAGCAACAUCCGCAAUUACCAAAUCAGAUGUGGUAGGUUAAGACAGCAAUAGCGUCAAAGACAUGAAAAAUGUAGCUUUAGACAGAAAGGUUUGGUAAUGCCGCGACCAAAAAUGGUAAAACCACGUCUACGUCUGAUACCGACGCCCGGUAUCGUGGAAGAGAAGAUAAAGCCUGGCUUAAAGGUGCUUCUAUUGAACCAGAGAACGAACAAUCUGUCUAGAAGGAUUGACGAUGAGCUCUCUUUGAGACAGGUAAACGUCACUACGGUAGAGGCUCAGAGUUCAGAUCGAAUGGUGAACGCCGUGCAAGAAGUGAAGCCAGACUUGGUUAUCUGCCCCUUUAUGAAGGCGCGUAUUCCAGAAGCUCUAUAUAAGGAAAACACUUCUCCCCCAUGUUUGAUUGUACACCCUGGAGUUGUAGUGGAUCGUGGGGCCUCUUCGCUUGACUGGGCUAUCCUACAACAAAAUGUCGAGUGGGGAGUGACGGUCCUGGAAGCAGAUAACUUUGUGGAUAGUGGCGCCAUCUGGAGUACUGCUAAUUUCCCUGUUCCACCAAACGUAACAAAAUCGUCGCUUUACAACAACGCGGUUUCCGAUGCCGGUGUAGCGUGCGUAUUGUACAGCGUGUCACGGUUUUGUCAAGAAAUAGAACCACUUAGUAAAGUUGACUUUAUCGAGGCCAUGGGUUUUUCAGGAUUGAAGCGGAACAUGAAGCACGCGGACCGCAUGGUGGACUGGACCAUGCCUGCUGAAGAUAUCUUAGUACGAGUGCGCAUGUCCGAUACUACUCCUGGUGCGAUAGGUCACCUUUACAUAAAAAAUCAGUUGACAGAACUGAGGCUAUUUGACGGUCAUAUUGAAAAUGAGAAAGGGGCGCUUGGGCAUCUUCUCAAGUCAUACAAACCCGGAGUUCAAGUGGCAACGAAGGACAAUGCAGUUCUAAUCAAAUGCGGUGGUAAUCAAGGAGUAUGGAUUGGGCAUAUGAAACAGGGACAAAAGGGUCUUAAGCUUCCGAGUGACCGCUUAUUAGCAAAUGCUUUACCUCAUGUGACCGGUCCUUGUGGGUAUCAAGACAUCAAAGAGAUUCGAUGUGGUCCUAUUUGUUUUCUAUUUUUCGACUUCUAUAACGGAGCCAUGGGCACCAGACAGGCUUAUAGACUUCAGAGCCACCUUAAAAGCAUUUCAGAGGACAGUGAUAUCAAACUCGUGGCUCUCAUGGGAGGGGAACGAUUUUUUUGCACGGGAAUCCAUUUAUGUGAACUCGAAAGCAGUAUUAACAAGCUAGAGGAUGCCUUAAAAAAUAUCAACGCUAUAGAUGACGUCAUUAAGACGGUGGCGGAAAUGCGUAAUAAGACAGUUGUAGCCGUUUUGCGAGGAAACGCUGGAGCCGGAGGAGCGAUGAUGGCUGCCGCGUGUGACAUCACUAUCGCGCAUCCGGGCGUGUUUAUCACUCCUACGUACAAAGCCAUGCAUCUGUAUGGUUCUGAGUACUGGACCUACUUUCUACCGCGCCGUGUUGGACCGGAAAUGGCGGCUCGCCUGACUGAAGGAACUAAUACAAUAACUGCAAGAAAAGCCGCCUCAAUUGGUCUUAUCGACACGGUUUUAGGAAAGGACAGUGCCGGGUUUGCUGAUGAGGCAACCGAGUUUCUUCAAAAGCUCGUCCACAGCGACCAAAAUGCCAAAAUUAUUCAAAGCAAACUACGAGAAAGGAACGCAUCCUGGAGCCGAACGCUUGAACAACAUAGACAGGCUGAAAUCGACAACAUGAAGAUUUGUUUUCAGUCACGAAAGUUCCUAUCCGCAAUGCACAAUUUCGUAUACAAAAAAUAGUAAACGAUCAAAAGUAGAUCGACAAAUCACUCGACGAUGCAAACAACAAAAUUAAAAAAACAACAAAACUGAAUAUAAAUGAACCUAUAGUUUGGAAACAAAAGUAUCCAUACAUCAAUUUAUUGGGAUAAAGCUAGAAAAAUGUGUCAACAAACAACAUUUAAUAUGCGAACACUUACCUCUUUGACAACUUUAAUACAAUGCCUCUGACAACAAUCCAAUAUUAUGCACUUUCACGUGCUUGUCUAAACAAAAGUUGUAUACUACAUGCUUUAAAUUCUUUCCAUAACAUGAGAACUACAUCGAAUGAUUUGUUAAUAUUGAAGUUUUCUACCAUGAAUGACAAAUACACAAACGUAUGAAUGACAUUUACACAAUCUAACAUAUUAUUUCUCCUCUCCUGAACGUGUAUGUUGUUUCAUUGUUUGCGUUAUAAAACUGCAUCAGUUUGACUUGUGAUUAUGUGUGGAAAAAGAUAUUUACUUUUUACGUGCACCAAGUUUGCACAAUUUUCUGUAUAUACAUCGCUUACUUGAAAAUUUAAUAUCUUUGAAAGAUUGCACUCAUUUGUCCCUAAUAGUGCAUGUAUUCGAUUCACGUGUCGCGAAUUGCGAUUAAAUGUUUCAUUUUUAUCUUCAUAGGUACGUUUCUUUGAUAUUAUUUUUGACGCGCGUUUGGUCGUUAUUAUUUCUGGCUAAAUAGUAAGACUCGAAAAGCCAUCGAACCGGUUUAAAGUCCGCGUUGAAUUGAUCGCUCCAGGGCUGUGAUCGUAGUAUGUCCUUGUUCCUAUAUCACAUUAGAGUGUAUCAUGUCUGUCAUGCUUUCAUUGGUCAAGUGUUCUAAAGCGCAAAUCGUUAUCUCAAUUGUAUGUCAGUCGUAUCAGUGUGUCGAGUCAUUGUGAAUCAAGCUGAUGUAACUUUUGAUUUGUAACAUAGAACGUCGAGAUGGUAACGGUACUUACAACAGACACCGUAACAUCUACCUCCACGCCAACAUAGCAAUUACAUCGCAAAUUCUUCCAGUGACCAGGGCACGAUCUCUAUGUUAAUAUUGCACGAAGAUAUAACAGUCCGUUUCGCCGAUAAAAUUAGCAUUUACAUCUUGUUUGGUGUUUGUUUUAACGUAGCUAUGUAUUUUAAAUGUUUGAUAGAAUUAAAGGCGCUCUUUUUUUAUCAACCUAUUCUUAGAUCUAAAGUUUAAGAAUAGAGACUAUGCUUACAAUUGACACUUUUUUAAAAUGUCUAUUGAUGAGUCUAAGUUUACAUUCAGCACCCCCAAAUUUAUAGCAUAAUUCUAUAUAUAGAAUAGUGUGCUUAUGACUUAAGCGCCAUUUAAAGCCAGAAUCUAAUCGAACUCUGAAAAUAGAUAUCUACAGUCUUAGUACAUUCUUUAUUCGUUAGUUCAACAAUAGGCAGGUUAAUACGGGCGUAUGGAAAGCCUUGACUGUCUUAUACGUACAAAAUGAACAGUGUUGUGUCCAAUUAGAAAUAUAUUAUUCAGCCACUUUGUCAAUAUAUUAAGUAAACAUGCCAUUAUAUUGGGUGCUUGCGUCAAUAUAUUAUGUCAAGCCAUCCUUACGUUGAGUAAAUAUGUUAUUAUAUUGGGUGCAUUUGUCAAUAUAUAGUGUCAAACUAUCGUUAUAUUAAGCCAAUCUGUCAUUAUAUUGGGUGCGUUUAUCAAUAUAUUAUGUGAAGCCAUCCGUAUAUUAAGUCAAUAUAUCAUUAUAUUGGGUGCAUUUGUCAUUAUAUUAUGUCAAACCAUUCUUAGGCGAUUAGGCGCCUGAGGGCGAUUAUUCACUCCAGGGCCGAUUAUCACGUCUGGCCCUCAAGCAACAAUGGUCUUAACGUCUUUAAUACUUAAUCCCCGUUAACUGUACUAUUUAUUACAGAACUAGCUUUCCGUACUUUAAUUUUCAUUCAAUUGAUUAUGCAAUUCAUGACGUAUCUCUUGUGACGUAAUUUCUGUAAUGAAACACAGUUUUAGCUAGACUCACUGGAUUUUAGGGACAACCAUUUCGUCGUGGAGGAUUUAUAUUUAACAGUUAAAUAUUUUUAAGCAUCGAACGAAUCCACAACUUAUUUCGGAAUGUGUCUUUGUCAUGCAUUAUUAGGAAUCAAUUUUGUGUAAUCGCUCCGACAAGUCAUUCGAUUUCGUAAAUCGUGUUUUUGGUGAAAGUGGUUAGCAUUCGAUACAAUCUUUUAAAAAGUGUGAUUUAAAAUAAAUAUAAAAUAACGGAUGGAAUAACAAAAAAGGACGGAA